AGCCGAAGCAGGACCAUGAAGGCUGCUCUGAGGGUGCUUUGGCUGUGCCUGGUGCUGUUGCUUCCCUCUGCAGCACUUCCAAGAAAGGGGAGCAUGGGAGAAAGGCUUUCCCCAGUUGACCAAAUGGAGCUGAGCCUGCCAGAGGAGCUGGGACUCGCAGCAGAGGAGAGAAGGAGAGAAAAUGCAAGUUCCCAGGAAGGAGCAAGACCCAGCUCACUGGGGAGACCAAGGCUGGCUGCUGCUGCUCGCCCCUUCUCAAAGCCUGACCCAGGACUGAAAUGCCUCCAGGAGAUGGCUGAGGAUGGGGGCACCAGCUCCAGCCUGCACCCGUGGCCGCUCGGGGGGCUGGAGGGGCCCGUGUGCAGGGUGGCAAUGGACCAGGACGGGCUGACCCCGGGGCAUCUGGACGUGGUGGGGGUUCUCACCCACUACGAAAGCAGCUUCAUCAAGCUCCUGAGGCAGCGCACCAGCUGGGACCGAGGCUCUCUGGAGACCUUCGGGCUGUGCCUGGGCGGGGAGGCAAGUGCUGCUCUCCAUCCCCUGAAGCACAUCCAUGCACACCUGCUGGAGCCGGGGCAGGACCGCUUCCUCGUGCUGCAUCUGGAGGAAGUGCAGUGGGAGGCCCCGGCGCAGCUCUGGUUCAAGCUGCUUUUCCAGCCGGAGGUGGCCCGGUCCCUGGGAGCGCUGCGCUCCGCGGUCCUGCUCUUCUACCUGGGCCCGCGGCAGCGCCCGGGGCACCGCGAGCAGCUCCUGGCCACGGGCACCGGGCUGGCGAGGGAGCAGAGCCUCUGCCUCGGCGGGGACACCCGGUACCUGGCCCUGGGGGCCGCCGUGGCAGCGGUCACCCGCACCAGCGAGCAGCUCCGCUUCAAGGCUUCCCUGGCCCUCAGGCAGCGCGGAGCGGGAGGUGCCCCCCUGCCCCCUGCUGAGGCCCAGCAGCUCCUUUUCGGCUCCGAUGAGAAGUGCUUCACCAGGAUGACCCCCGUGCUGCUCCUGCUGGCCAAGUCACGGCAGCGGGAGGAGGAGGAAGCGGCUUUGGCCCCUUCUUCCUACCUCUCUGCAGAUGGGGUGCUGGACGUGGCUCCAUACCCACAGCUCAGCCCACCCCAGGCCAGGACCGAGGAGCUGCUGUCCCCCACUGCCCCGAGCCAAGCCAACGCUUCCUCCCCAGUGCCCGGCGGCAGCGGCCAGUUCCUGGGAACCCUGACCCGGUUCAUCCACCAGGUCCUGAGCCCCUCCAGCGAGCCGCCGGCCCAGCCCAGCUCCCACCACUGGCUGGACUUCCAAGUGAUGGAGACCCUCCCGCACCAGCUGCUCAACCUGUCCGAGGAGGCAGCGCUGGAGCGCCUGGUGCAGUCGGAGGAGCCCUCGGUGCUGCUCUUCCCCCAGGACAGCGGGGCCGUGCUGGAGCAGCACUUGGGGGACUGGCAGCCGGAGGGGACCGUGCUGCAGCUGCUGAUGGGCAAGCUGGAAGCGCUGAUCCAGGAGCUGCAGGACAUCCCGGCUUUCCAAGCGAACAUGGGCCUGUUCCAGCAUCUCCUGAGCUUCUGCUACUACCCGCCAGGGCCCGGUGAGGGUGCAGGCAGGGAGCAGCCGCCCGGCUCGGGGAAGCUGCAUGCGCUGCUGCUGCUCAAGGCGCUGCAGACGGUGCGGGUGCGCUGGCAGGAGCGCCGCAGGGUGCAGCGGCAGAACCGCAGCGCACGGCACCAGGCCCACUGCCGCCUGCAGGAGCUCACCAUCGACCUGCGCGACCGCAAGUUCAUCGUCAUGCCCACCGUCUAUGCAGCCAACAACUGCGAGGGGCCCUGCCGGCUGCCCCUCUCCACCCGCGUCCCCAGCUACUACUCGCACACGGUGCUGCUGCUGGGCAUGCAGGAGCGGGGCUCGCCCCUCCAGCGCGCUCCCUGCUGCGUGCCCGUGCGUUACUCGGACCAGCUCAUCAUCAGCCUCUCCGCCGAGGGGCUGGAGGUCCGCAAGUUCCCCAACAUGGUGGCAGAGGAGUGUGGCUGCCGAUAAGAGGCACCCGCCCGCCCUCAGCCUGCUCCCUGCUCCCCGUUUGCCUCCGCAGCUCGGGAGCUGCUUCUCGCCGAGAUGGGAGCUCCUGGUGCAUCCUUUCCCCAUGGUUUAGCUCUUCAGCGUUGCUCUGGUUGUGGGUUCAGCUGUGGCUGUGCUGGUCCCUGGGGGCUGUGCUGCAGCCUGGCGUGCCCUGUGCCUGCUCCUGAUGCCAGGGAUGCCACAGCUGCUGUGCUGCAGCGUGGCUCUGAUUCCACAGUGGGGUUUGGGCUGGAGACAGGUCAUGGGGAGAGGGCAAAGCUUGGCAGAGCCAGGCACGAUUAUGUUUCUUUAUCCCUUGCCUUGUGUUCCUGUAGCAGCCGGACAGGGGCAGUUGUUGCUUGCCCAAAGCCCCCCUCACUCUGCAGCAUCCUCUGGCCUCAACACUGAAGCCUCGCUGCCCACAAAGCUCCACCUGUGAAAGCAGAACAAGAGGCAGAACCCCCUCACAGGGACCAGCCUUUACCUGGGAUCUGUCCCCAUGUGCCCUGGGGCCACGGGGAGGCGCUGGCAGAGACCCGGGGCUCUGAGUCUCCCUGUGCUGACCCCAUUCUGGGGUGAGGGAGGGAGCGAUCCCGUUACUCCUCCUGCCUGCUCACACCAUUAAUGGGAGCAGGCACAAGCGGCUGCCAAAGCACCUGCUCCACGUCCCCGCCAGCGUCAGCACCGAGAGCCCGGCUGCUCCCAGAUCAUCUUCCCAGCUCAGCCUGGGCAGGGCUGCCCAAGGCUCCA